CUGAUGAUUCCGCCUGAGCUAGCCUUAAGAACGGACGCUCAAACAGGAACCAGUGUUCACAGGAGAGUUGGAACUCACAGAAGAAUAGAGAAGAAAGAACGUAAGCAUUGGAGAUGCUGUCCUCCUUGAAGAUGCUGUUCUCCUUGAUGAUCACUCUCCUCAUCUUUGGAAUCUUGUUUACUACCCUCAUCUCCGAUGUGAGACCUUCACCUCCACCUGUUCCUUUACCUCCCGCUCUGAAAGUCCCGAGCCCCCCUAAAGGAUGUAAAGGAUGCAGGGGAUCUCUUAUCGAGAAAGUGAUGGCACGACAUUCUCAGACAUGGAAAAAGCAGCAAGAAAACUCUUCAAAUUUCAGAGAUCUGCUGAGAAGCACAUGUCAUGGUUUUACCAAGGCCGUCGUUUCACAAGAUAAUACCCCGGUGGGAGCCCAGAUUGUGUACGAUGGCGAGAAGAGAAAACCAUUGUCAGUGACAUCAGCCAUUUUCCAAACAUUUGCAAAGAGGAAUCCAUUCUCAAACAAAACCUGGGAUACCUGCUCUGUGGUUGGCAAUGGAGGGAUUUUGUCCAACAGCACCUGUGGAGAGAUGAUAGAUUCAGCCCAGUUCGUCAUCAGGUGUAACCUACCUCCUGUGGAGAACAGCUUCCUCAAGGAUGUAGGCAAGAAGACAAACCUUGUGACGGCUAAUCCAAGCAUCUUGCAUGAGAAAUUUAGGGAUCUACAGGAGCGCAGACGUCCCUUCAUGGAGAGCAUGCGUCGCUACAAUGACUCUCUGAUGCUCCUGCCGGCGUUCUCAUAUUCCGUGAACACUGCAGUGUCCCUGCGUGCGCUCUACACCAUCGAGGACUUUGAGAGCCCAAUCAGGCCGGUGUUCCUCAACCCAGAGUACCUUCUGAACCUGCACAGCUUCUGGCGUUCCAAGGGCCUGAAUAAGCGUCUGAGCUCUGGCUUGAUGGUGGCCAGCCUGGCGCUGGAACUUUGCACCAAUGUACACCUGUAUGGGUUCUGGCCCUUUGACCAACACCCGCUAUUACAGCAGCCCCUCAACAACCACUACUAUGACAACGUACCGAGUAAGAAGAAUGUUCAUGCAAUGCCUGCCGAGUUUGACCAUUUGUUGAGGUUACAUGAGCAGGGUGUACUGAAAAUACACCUGGGGGAGUGUCGGCCAUCCAGCCGGUAGGCAGCCCUGCAACUUCUCAAAGAUGUCAAUAUGUGUUUUGACAACAGUGAGGCAUGAUGUUUGUUUUUAUUUAUUUGUUCUUUAUCUCCACAAAUUACAGUUAAAUAAUAAGCUCAACUGAGAAUGCACUGUACUGAACAUGCACUGUUUGAACUGAGGAUGUCAUGCAAAAUGAGCUUUCUGUCUUUUAGUAUUAUGCAUAAUAAUAUAUUUUUUUAAACUACAACUGCAUUCAUAUUUUUUCUUGAAUUGAGAUUGUUUAGAUUUAGAUUUGGUAAAUGGGCCUCAUCUACACAAUGUCGUUUUCUUAACUGAAUUUUUUAUGAGUAUCUCAACAAAGCCAAUUGGUCAAUCACCUAGAAAAAUAGAAAAUGUAAUAAAUGUAUAUGUU